UGCAAUGGCACAUCUGAAGGCUUAUGGGCGCCUGAGCGCAGUAGUGACAGCAAGUUUAGUACUAAUAUUGUCGGGGAUUUUAAGGUCGAAUGGUCAAAUAAACACAGCAUGCACCACUACAGCACUCAGAACCUUCACCCCUUGCUUCAAUUACCUCACCGGAAGUAACGGCAAAGGCGGCUCGUCGUCGCCGACGGAGGAUUGCUGCAAUACACUCAAGUCGGCGAUGACCGAUAGCAUUGACUGCGCCUGCCUCAUCGUCACCGGAAACGUCCCCGUCUCCAUUCCGUUUGUUCGGACCUUGGCACUUGCCCUUCCUCAGAUGUGUAACGCCGGCGUGCCGGUCCAAUGCAAAGCCACCGGUGCCCCUCUACCAGCUACAGGUCCGGCGGUUCUGUCCCCGCCGGCGCCUCACUCUCCUCAUCGUACUCCUGCACCCCAUCCACCUGCGGCGCCUCCCGGCAGUCAUAGAGCGGCGGCAGUGUCAAUUGUUAAAAUGGAGAAACCAACAUCAACAGUUGAGUCACCUACUACGCCGCCCACGGCGGCAGCCGCACCUCCAUUGUUCGUCCCAAAGACAACUCCGGCAGGGAUCAGACCGGUGAUGGUUCCAGCAUCUGCUAAUUCAUCAUACCUUAUUUCUUCCUCCCCGUCUCUUCUUCUUUUGUUUUUGGCAUUCCUAAAUAUGUUUCUCUAUUAUUCAUGGAUGAGUAUGAAUUCCGAUCCGAUUAUUAUUAUUAUUAUUAAAAUGGAAAAUAAAACGUACAAUACAAAUGGCUUUUUCUUCGUCUUCCUCGUACUCUUCCUCGGCUAUUUCGAGAAAAACGACGAAAAGGAGGGAUAUCGUUGUAAGGUAACAAACUAUAGUAAAUUAAAAGCAAAAAUGGUUCAUAUUCACGUUCACGUGUAA